UGAAGUUGGAGUAAUUUGAUUUGAUCAUGUAUUUCUUUACUAGUAACUACUGAGUUUGCUAAAUUUGAUUUUUAUGGAAAAUUAUUUGUCCUACGCUUGUGAAUUCUAAAAAGUAAAACUCGUACACAAACAACUUGUAACUGUCAUGUACCACAUUUUUUUGACAAAAGUAGCUUUUCCUAACACCGAGUAUAAGAAAUCUGGACUGAUUCUCAUCUAAUGGUUUGCAAAAUUGUUUUGCUUUACAUGAGGGUUAUCUAAAAACCCAGUUCGGUUGUAAGUCAUUUUAACCUUUCCAAACUGGUUUACACAAUGCCUUAACUGUACCCCAGCAACGUUUAUGUUGCGAGUCGCUAGGUGGGGGUUUAUAGUUGUGCAAAUUAAGCGAUAGGUCCUAACCGCGCCACGUGGUCGACACUGUAACGUUUUUGAAAAGCAACAAAAACAACAACAAAAACAAACAUCUGGUUUUAUUUCAAAUUUCACGACGUAUUCAGAAAUUGAAAGCCAUACGGUGUUCUAUUAAGUUUGCGAUAAUGUUAGUUCAGGUUUGUGCUACGUGUUAAAUAUUGCGCUUUAUUUAGCACGAAUUAGAAAUAAAUGUUAAAGAGACGUUGUAUAAACUCACAAAACCGUCCGUUUUCGCAGAAUCAUCUUGAUUUUAUAAGAAUAUACGUGUUUUUUUAAUCAGUCGCCGCCGUUUUACAGUGCUAUUUCUUUUCUAUUCAGUACCGUGACUGCUUCCCUGUUUUAAACUACAUCCUGUGCUGCCAGGAAACACAACCCCUUUUUUAACUACGUGCUCAGUUUGUGCAGGAAGGCUUCUCUGUCGUAUGCUUACAAAAUGGGUACGCGUAGUAAAAACCGAAGUUUCUGUUUCUUUUUCGUUUUGCGGCAUUCAUAACUUCAUCUCCUGGAGCCAGAGGAAACAAUCUUAUUGCGGAAUAUUCGCGCACGGUGAUUUGUUUGACUGUUGCGGUUAAAGACUGAAAAAAAAACGAAACAAAACCAAAACCUGAAAUCGCUUGCUAAUGUCUCGGAGGUUUUAGGACGUUCUUUAAACCUCUUCCUGGUUACUGCAUACUUUUCGACAGAAAGCUAGACUGACAGUCCUUUGGGAUGAAGCGAUCAAAUGUGGUUAUAUUGCACAAGGAAUACAGGCCUACAGUGAGAUAAUAACUUUUCGACUUCGGGAGUUUUGUGAUGUUUUCAGAAAGCUCCGGAAUGCUGUUUGACACAAAAGACAUACGAACUGACCGAUGUCGUUUUUCAAGGGGGGAAAAGGGAAACGACUCGCUGGUUGAGUAAAAAGACUAAAGUUCUGUACCAUGGAAAAUGAGAAAAACGACACAGCAACGUGUGAAGCAGGUCUCUUGGAAUCCGUACUGCCUGGGUCAAGUACCUUUGAACAAGUCAUUCUGCCUGUACUGCAGAAUUCGUACAUGUAUCCAGACUCUGUAAACUGUUUCCUGUACAACACUGCAUACCUAAUAAAAAACCAAGUCCUUCUGGAGAAGUAUGAUGCCUGCAGGACAGAAAAGAAGGAACAGGGAUAUAAAGAUGAAGAGCUGAAAGAGUCAUUUGGUUUUCUCUUGUUUGAUAAUGAGAAUGAGGCAAAGCUGCUCUCCAAAACUGGUUUACAAGUCGGACAUAGUUCAUGCUCCACACUUGGAGAUCCUUCAAAGGGUGUUUACAUCUCUAAGUACUCUGACUGUCUGCACUUCAGUCCGUGGUACCAUGGGAAAUCUGGCUGCAUUGUGGCUUUCAAAGUCACAAAGGGUAGAGUAAAAGCAGUGACAGAAAAUUAUACCCAGAAGUAUACAAAACCUUCUACUGGUUAUGAUUGUCAUGUUUCUGAACUAAUUGAGACCGUGUCGUCAACAACAAGUUCUUUCCAAGCUUAUGAACGUACUCAGUAUUACAUGUAUGAACUAAAGAAUGGAGUUGCAGUUAUGUGUCCCCGGCAUGUGUGUCCAUUUGCCAUCGUUGGCUUUGUGUAUGGUGAAUCUAAGCCCACAGUCUCCGUGUUCAGUGAAAAAAGUGCUAGUCAAGACAAAGCAGCCUGUCAUUACUACCCAUGGAGAGGCAAGAUCCAGAUCAGUAAUCACUCCCUUAUUUAUCAUGUCUCACUGAGAUCUGCUUCAGAUGUAAUAACACCAAUCAAGCUACCAGAGAUUUUGAAAAUACACAGUGUUAUGAGGAUUUCAGAUCUGAAGAAUACAUUACCACAGUCAGUCUUUGAAACCUCCAUUACAGCUGAAGUAUUCCUGGAUGGAGUUUACUGCAGUCUGUAUGAAGUGCAACCAUCAUCAGAAGAGGAUUGUUCCCUUCAUGCCCUAAUUGAAGAGCUGAAACAGAAAGGCUUGGCAUUCAUUCUACUGCUGAAUGAUUGUGGUGUCCUUAUAUUGUUACCAUCUUGCUUUCUCACAUUUGAAGAAAGCACAACAGAGAAGGAAGAAAUAUUACAGUGCCUAUUUGUAUUUCCUAACUCAAGAACAGUGCAGAAAGAAGUGAAGUUUCCAGUGUCUGAAUAUCCAAUUUCCUCUGAUGUAAUUCAGAUCUUACCAGGGCUAAACUAUGCACUGAAGAAAGCUGAGGAAUUCCAGUCAGACCAGAAUGUGUCGCCUUGCAGCUUGGUUGAACAGCAUUUCCAAGACUAUGUGACAUUAAACCGACCAGGAAUUGUUGAUAUUACUGGAAAAGAACCACCUGUCUUAUUUGACCAUUUCGAUGUACCCAGGACUUAUAAACACCUUUAUAGAGCUACAGAAUGUCAUAAAAUGACUGUUUCACACUUACAGUCGUACUUUAGAAAUCCUGAUGUUUAUAACCUUUCGGUAUCAAAAGCUCUGGAGUUGCUGGCUGUAAAUCAGGAGGAGGCCAUGGAUGUUGAAGAUGACCACUGUGAGAAUGUGUAUUACUCUCUUUCAUCUCCAGAGGUUUUACAGUCAGACUUUUGGACAGACGGUGAUUCACAUGGAGAAGUGAGAAGAAGUCCAGAGUUCAAUGACAUAGCUCAGGCAGAACAUGCUGUUUCUGAGGACGAAAUGAGUUGUGAGACAAAAAUCGAGGAAUCUCAGGAACGAUUUCUGGAGUGUGUGGUAGUACUAGAAGGCAUUGAAAAGACAGGUACUGCUGUAACUUGCAAAGAGCAACUUAAUCCGAAGGUAGCAACUCCAACCAAACCCAUUUCAGGUGACAUGCCAACAGACCAUGAUGAGAGCUCCACAGAGAAUGGACUAAACUUGUUAGAACCUACAAAUGAAAAGGUCACCCUGGAAAGCCUACAGGAUGCGGGUAAGAGCCCAAUCACAGAGUCUACAAAUGUAAGCUCCUCUGGAGAUACAAAUGUCUCAUCUGGUAAGAAAGCGAAUUAUUUGCUGAGAAAGGACGUUUUAUGUGCUGGAGCCCAACAAAAAUGCACAACUCCAACUAGAAAAGCUUCCAGUAAACGAAUUACAAGGAACAGCAAUACAAAGUUGAAAAUUUUGAAAACUGUAAAUCAAAAGAUCACUAGAUACAAUGCCAAAGGAAAAAACAAUGUUAGUGACUCGCAUCCCCCUAAAAGAAAAAUGAAAGGCGACAACAGCUAUGGGUUAAAAAACAUCAUAACUGACUGCGGAAAGGUUUUUAUUCCACAUGGCUCAAGUUUCGUUUUGGGAGAUUUUGAAUUCCCGAAACAAACAAGAAUAGCCACAGAGGAGGACAAGACUCUGUGUGAAGAAAAAAUGGCUGCUGAUUCACUAGAUGCCUCCAAAACAGAAGGAGUAGAAUCUCAAGACUCUGGGGAAGUAGCAGAUCCUGAUGGUCCAGACAAGCUUGGUCAGCAUGUAGAAGACGAGAGCAGAGUGGCACCUGAGAGGCACUGUGACAGAGGAGAGGAGCAAGGGAAAGCCUUGCAAUCCAGCAGUGAUGUAAGCCAAUUUGUGAGGCUAAGAAAGCGAAAGAAACCUUUGUGUCCUCUGAGACAAAAGGCCACUGCGGCGAAUCCUGAAGACACGCCUGUGGUGAGGAAGCAGUGUCCUCAAAAAAAGAAGAGAAACGGUGAUGUCAAGAUAAAUCCCGAGCUUGUUAAGGUUGGCCCUGUCACUCAUAUGGACACGAACACACUGCCUGUUGACACUACCUUAUCAGAGCAAACCUCAAAGCCAGAAGAAGGUGCAAAGGCCCAGAUAUGUGAAAGGAAAAAAGCAGCUAAGGUAAAAGAUUCUUCAAAGUCGGCGGUAACAUCUGAAGAUCUGUUAAAGUCGCCCAAAAGCACAACACCACCGAAUGCUUCACCGGAAAUGAAGAAACAGAAGAUCUUAAAACCUUUCAAAAAACGAAUGAAGAACAGGAUACCCGACUACGUGAAAGAGAAUGGAUGGUUGGAUUUUGAAACAUCAGAUUCAUUUGACACUGAAAAUAUAGCACAAACUCAAUCAAAGGAACUCAGAACUACUGGUUAUAGGGAUCUGGUGAGAAGUGAAAAUACUCACCUGAGUGCUACAAACCAUGAUAUGGAAAGUGCAGACAUUUGUCAGUCUUCAGAUGCACUGACCUUACUGGCUGAUUUAGCUCUUAGCUCCAGUAGUAAAGUUUUAAUACAAGAAGACCAGUCCCAAAAUGUAGUGCUUGAAACGGAACAUGGGCAAACAAGGGUGGGCGACAAUGGAACUAUGCAGCAAACGUUGCUAAGCAAUUCUACCAGUCCUAAACUCCUCAGGUCCCCAUUUCCCCAGGGACUUGCAGUGACUGAAGAGCUGAUUCUUAAUAUAAUUUCCAAAGAACAUUCUUACUCACUGCCCCCAUCCUAUUUACUGUUGGGUUUGGCAGGUGUGCCUCCAUCGGUUUCCACUGAUUGCGCCGAGUCCUCCAGAAGCCAAGCUGAAAAUAUGGACAACAUUGCCUCAGUUGGAGGGCCUUUACUGCUCCGAAAUAAAGAGGCACCCUAUCAUGAAAAAAGCAGAAAAGAAGCAAGUAUUCCUGAAAAUGAACAGGAAUGCCACUCUGAUGGACUUGAAAGUCGGUCUCGACUUGUGUUUGAAAAAAACGGAGUUCUUUAUGUAUCACGAGAGUGGAAAGAGGAAUAUGAUUUCAAGCUGGACAGCAAAUUUACAAAUGAUCCUCUUGAUAAAACUGUGGCUCGAGCUCUUCAUGGCCCUUGGGAUUGCAAUAUUGAGGAAAGUUAUGAGCAGGUCCACCUUAUUCUUCAUAUGUGGAUUGGCCUGUUUUAUAGCAGGUCAACAAUGAGGUUUUUCCAGACCGACCCAAGUGAUUCUGAAGACGGUGACCAAAAUAAAAACGGACCUGAGAUGUUACCAGUUAAAGACGUCUCAGAAAAUGACCCGUCUUCCAAAUCGAGCUCUGAUGAACAGGACACAUUUGGAACACAACCAUCUGUAAUACAGCUACCUUUAAAUCCUCAUCAAGGUGAGCUGCUGGAUCUUAGGGAAGAAAGUAAGAAAGAAGGGAACCAUGUGGAACCGAAUUGUGGUGCCGUGGAUGUCUCCAGGCCAUGUGAUGAAGUUUUGGAUCUGAGUGUUCCAAAACGCCCUCAGGAGGAUCUCUCCAGCUCCACCAGCAACUCAGAGCAAGGAGCUCAAGACAAGAAUUGCUUCACACAAAGCAGAAUUGAAGGUUCUGUAAAGGAUACACAGGUGCACCAUACAGACAACCUAUCUGUGGGAACAGGUAGCUAUUUUGUAGAUAAGAUUUCCAGAUCCAGUGAUGAUAUGUCAGAUACUGACAUAAAUGGAGAGAAGGAAGAGGAAGAUGAUGUUUAUGAUGAUAACCCAGAAAUGACAGAUAUGACCAAACUCUUGGGAACUGAUAGUGUAUACAUUGAAUUAUGUAACAGAAUAGCAAAUCUGUGCAUUUCUAAAAGGAAACAAUUCAAUGGAUUACACAGGACAUUGGCAAAGUCUGAGUUUCCGUUGUCUGCUUUUCACUUGGUUAAUGUACCAACUGUCACGGGUGACAGAAUGGAAAAAACUAGGAACAGCUAUGUGCAAGAAGGGAAAUUAAGUCAUAUUACUCUCAAAUUAACUGAAACUUUGAAUAGUGUAUCUCCUGACCAGAGUUGCAUAUUCCUAGAGACUGAGAGUUCUUCUGAUCAAUUUAAAACACCCUCAACCACACAAGAUGGACAUGAUACAAACAAUGUUUCUAAACCAACAGAAACUAUAAACAAUGUCACUUCCAUAAUGGAUCUCUCUUGUAGUAAAUCUAAAGAAGAUCAUGCCAGUAAAUACCCGGAGAUAGAUUCAUUACCUUGUGGGAUCCAGGAACAAGGAAAUGAAAGGCUUACAAAAUCAGUGGAAGAAGAAAAAAGUGCUGACUGCCAAUAUUUAGAAAGAGAUUUACAUUUCAAUCUGUCGGAUAAAAGCUUACAUCGUGAAGAUCAAGAAAGCACAGUUAUAAGAAACACUGGAUUCUUGGACCAGAAACAAGACAGGGUAAUGUCUUUGGCGUAUGCAGAUGCAGGAGAGAAAAGUCAAGAAGGUGGUAUAAUGGACUCCCAAACUCCUGAGCCAGAUGCCAACAGCAACUGUUCUGAAUGUGUGUCAGAUGAGAUUGACUCACCUGUCCCCUCCACUGUCACUAUGUCUGACUGUUGGGGCGUGCGAAAAACAUAUGACAAUUACCCAGUCAUAACACACAGAGUGGCUGGACAUAUUAGGACAGUCCAAAACGAGAAAAAAGAAGAUUGGCACCUCAAAAGCUUCCUUGAAAAGUGGGAGCAAAUGCAUCGGACUAAGCCUGAUCUGACGCAGGCAUCUUUGGAUUUGGAGUACUUAAUUUUUUCAGAAAAGAUUCACCAAAUCCUUAAGAAGACCAGAAGUGCCAGUCCGUCCAAAUUCUCCAGUCUGUCUUCAUGGAGAAAUUUCUCAUCUGUGGCAGACAAUUCAAUUUUCAAAUUGGGUCAUGUUUCCGAAAACAGCAGGGACAUGCCUCUUGAAUCGGACACGAAAGAGGUCAAGGAUAAUUUCAAGCCUUUAUUUUCUAGCAAGGCUGUUCUAUGCCUUAAGAAACCUUCAUAUGUAAAUGGAAUAGAAGAACCUCAUGAAGAACUGUCAAACAUAUCAGAAAAAUGUUCUAAAUCGUACAGGUCCACGAUGAAUGCUGUUUGCUCUGGUACAAAAUUUCAGAAGCAGAUUAUUUCAGAAAUGGACAAGGAAGAAAAGGACUUCCUACAGUCCAAAACAAGGACAGUUGACUUUUUUCACAAGCUCAGAUUCAGUAUGUUUGACUGCUUACACACUAACCUGAAUUCUGUAGUCAGGCAAUCACUCAAGACUAAGUACAGAUUCUUUAUCCUUGAAACAAAAGUGGAUACCUUCUUUGAAAAAACAAAGGAGGCGCUCAAGGCGGAAGGUCAUGUGGGUGUACAGCCAUCCCAGUUUAGUCAGCUUGAUCAGUGUUCUUCAUCCCCUCUGCUAAUGGUCAUCAGGAAUGAAGAUAUCUCGGCAAACAUCUGCAAAAUUCCGCACUUGUUGGACCUAAAGAAGAUGCCAGAUGUUUUGUUUGCUGGGGUGGAUUGCCCUGACGACAUUCUGAACUGCACUUAUCAGGAGCUGUUCACCAGAGGGGGGUUUGUGGUGUGUGAUGGUGCGGUGCUGGACACACUAACACUAGAUCAUUUCAAGAAAAUGGUGAGCGUCCUGGAGGAACAGGGUCAGAAUGGAAAGUGGAAGUGGUUUCUGCACUACAAAGACUGCAGAAGGCUCAAAGAAAAUGGAAGAACAAGCAUAGAAGAUCAUACCAAGCAACACUUCAUAGACUGCUGUCAAGAAGCUGAUAUCGUAGAAGUUCUUCCAUACCAUGAGUGUGACCUGAUUUCACAAGAGCGACCUGACUACUUCAGCUGCUUGUUACGGUUGCAAGUGCAACAUGUCACUGCAAGGUUUGCUGUUUUCAUAACAGACAAACCCGAAGAUACGUUUGGAAAACAUGGGAUUUUAGCGACAAACAUAAACACUUUUUUUUACAUAUUUCAAAGUGGAAAAACCUAAUAAUACAACUGAUUUUGUUGUAAAUAGCUGUUCCAUUUUGUACUAGAAGUUGUGCAGCCCUGAUAAUAUAAAGUUUUAUAUUGAGUUUUGUAUUUCUUAUUGGUUUUUCAGAAGGUGCCCAUGAAAUUCCUCCAGCCUUCCAUUACCGUCUUAUUUCCUUUAUGAGUUCAAAAUACCUCUGAAUCCAUUUAAAAAAGAUAAAAAUUGAACUUGGAUUUUUUUAUGAUGUACCUAGAUAGUUUGGAAUCACUAGUUUGAAGACCCUACUCUUAAUCAACCACGUCUGUACCUGUUUUGGGGAGACAGACUCCUUGAUGUGUUCCUCUGACCCCUGCAGAGCCAACAUUGUGAGCUCUUUAGCACCUGAGAAGUGAAUUCACACUGAAUGGAGAAGAAUCAUGUCUCAUUAAUAAGUUUCACUCUCAACCUAGUGAUGCCUGUACUUCAGGUGGCUGCCCAUGCUAGUUGAACUGCUUGGAAUGCCUUUCAAAGAAAAUGAAUAGCUAGUAACUAUGUCCUGACCUGGGAACAGUCCUAUCCUGAAGACUCAGAACAGACUACAGCAAUUUGGAGGGUUUUUUUCUGCGCAGAUAAGAUAUAUUAACAAAGCACAGUGGUAUGUAAUUGAGUUACCCAAUUCCCUAAUUGUGUGUGACACAAAUGCAGUCCAGCGUGGAUGCACCCAAGAAUCUUGGGAUGCACUAAUAAUUUUUCAUACUGCUGUGUUAAGUGUAGUGAUUUUCAGAGUUUUAAGUUAGAAUUGCCAGUUAUUAUUUUAUCUUCUUGUCAUUGUGGAAUUGUCAUUUGUCUUUUGACACACUAUAAGCCCUGGCAGCUGUUUACAGGAAGUUUGAAAUCAAUUGGAAGCAAUACAUCUUUCACAAAGACACUGUAAGGAAACUCCUUGCCUUUUUCAGUCUGCACAAUCGAAGGGACAGGAAAUGUCUUCAGGUUUGCUAUCCAAAAAAACUGUCAUACAUAAAGGCAACAUGACCCCUGUAGAAAUACUUAUUUUCAAUUGGACUUUCAAUAUUUCAGCAUAAAAUGUUCUCAUAAAAUAAACAAACAUAAAAUGUU